GCUGCCGUCAAAACAACUACAUUGUUAUUAUCCAAAUGAAUCAUAUAUCUAUCAUCGUCUAUCUUUUAGUCCACAGUGACGAGAAAACCACUGCUACGCAUGUUAUGAUGUAGCUGUAUGUUGUAGUUUGUAUGUUUUAAUAUAUACCUGAAUUUAACUUUGUAGACGCCUGGUUAAACAGCCCUCUGACAGUUGGAGGAAGGAUCUUAGACGAGACUGUUCACAGGACCAUGUUGCUCAGUAUAGCACCGUCCACUUAUGUGUCUAGUUCAACCAGAUUCUCCAGACAAAUACCUAUAGCUGAACAGACCGCAACAAAAAACUACAUAGAGGGUCUUGCACACUCCAGGAGAAGUCCCACCCUCCAUGUCCGGGAGCUGUGGCUGCUGCCUCAAUGGAGUCCUGUUCAUCUUUGGAGGAUGUGACGACAACGGACAGACCAACGAGAUAUCCAAUCAGAAAGCAGAAGAGAGGAAGAGAGACUCACAUCUGUUCAGUCUUGAUCUGACUGAUGGCAUCUUCACCUGGAAGAAGAUUGUCCAUGAGUCUGGUGCUCCUCCUUCUCCCAGGGACAAGCUCUCCUGCUGGGUCUACGAUGAAAAGAUCAUUUACUUUGGAGGAUACGGCCACAAAGUUCUGAGUGACUUGGACAGCCACAACAGGAACUUCAUUGUGGAUGAAACCUCGUGGGCAGGAGAGGUGUUCUGGGGAUGGAACAAUGAAGUGCAUGUGUUUGACCCAAAAAACUUGAGCUGGAGUCAGCCACAAACCUUUGGCCGAGCCCCUGCCCCACGAGCAGCACACGCCAGUGCCACCAUCGGGUCCAGAGGAUACAUCUGUGGAGGCCGAGUCAUGGAGACCAGGACCAAUGACAUCCACUGUCUGGACCUGCAGACUUACACAUGGACUGAACUGGUCCCGUCGUCCUGUGCUCCGGUGGGGCGCUCGUGGCACUCCCUCAGCCCAGUGUCAGACAGCAGCCUGUUUCUGUUUGGAGGACUCAGUAUGGAUUGUAACCCCAUGAGUGACGGCUGGGUGUUUGACACUGAAACCAGGAAGUGGACAGAAGUGGAGCAUCCAUUUAAGAACAAACCCAGGCUGUGGCACACGGCGUGUCCAGGCAGAGACUCAGAUGUCAUCGUGUUUGGAGGCAGCUGUGACUAUAUUCUGCUUGUGGACACUGGCCACUGUAACGAUGCCUUAGUUUUCCAGACGCAGCCUUAUCCCCUCUCCAGGAUUUGUGAGGACUACAUUGCCAGGACAGUCCAGGGCUGUGACUCCCUUCGGACUCAGGUUCCUCUGCUCCCGACCAAACUGCAGAGCGCCGUCCACACGCGCAUGUGCUUCUACAGGCCGUCCAAGAAGCAACGCUGACGACCAGGCUCCCACACACGCACACGCACACGCACAAACAUCCUGCUUUUAAAGGGGAUGUUUUAAACUUUCAAGUCCAUAUGACACUUAAAACGAUAAAUUUCACUAAAACAUAUUUAAAAGUACACAAAUUAAAUAAAUUCCUGUAACUUUUCCAGUAUUUCUUUGUCUGGAAUGUUUCACAGUACGGCAUUAAACCUUUCUAUCUCCAUGGAGACCAAACCAGACCAAGUUACAGGUCAGAUGUGUGAAGAACCGACUUCAGAAUUUCUAUUUUUUUUAGGAAUUUAUUGAGCUAUAAAACCACCUGUAAUUGAAUAAAUGUAAAGUAGAGCUGUUUAAUGUCAUACUGUGAAACAUUCCAGGCAGAGCGAUAAUAUUUCCAUGGAAACAAGCAGGUGACGACAACUAAAAAGUUACAUAAUGCAUCUUUAAGCCAUGUUAUAAUGUCAUUACCUCCUCAAAAACAGAUCUGGAUUUGUGUUUUUUUUCAUUCGCACAUGCUUAAUAUAAGUAAUCCUGCAUUAUUGGGCUGUCUGCAUCUCCAAGCUCAAAAUGCUUCGUUCCACCUUGUGAUGUCAUUAAGUGGUAGUUUUAAAAAGUUUAUAUUAUGCAAAUUUUCAGAUGCGUUUCCUCAUCACAGACAUAUCCGCAGUUCAUUUACACAUGUUUAACACACAAACCCUGCAUAUUUAGGCUUCUCUCAAACACUCUGUUCCACCUCGCAAUGUCAUGUGGCAAUACAGGAAGUGCUCCACUGUGUUUUUAAACUCCAUACACCUUCACUAGAACCAUUUGGAUAAUUUCAGCCCUGGAAUUGCCAAUCUCGACUGAACUAAAGGUAAAAGGAAGGUGUUAACUUGAAAACUACUUUGUAAUUGAAAAUCUCUCACAUCUGCUGGUGCGCUGAGGAGUGAAGCAGUUUUAAUGGGGCUACACAAUGGCGGUCACUUCAAAGUUUGGCAAUUCCAGGGCUGAAAUGAUCCAAAUGAUUCAAGUGAAGGUGUAUGGAGUUAGCCCUCUUCCCUCUGUCCCUCUCUCUCUCCUCCACCUUCCUCCUCCUCCCUCUUCCUCCCUCUCUCUCUUUUCUCUCCUCUCUUCCCUCUCUCCACUCCCCUCUCUCUUCUCUCCUCUCUUCCCUCUCUCUUCUUUCCACUCUCUUCUCUCCUCUCUCCACUCCCCUCUCCCCUCUCUCUUCUCUCUCCUCUCUUCUCUUCCCUCUCUCCACUCCCCUCUCUUCUCUCCUCUCUUCCCUCUCUCUUCUUUCCACUCUCUUCUCCCCUCUCUC